AUGUACAAUCCACCACCUGAGGGACAUCAGUUUUAUCCGAAUCAACAACAAUCUGGAUUUAUGGCAUAUCCACCACCACCCGGCGAUGGCUACAGACAAAAUGAAAUGCCACCUCAACCACCUCCUGUUUUCCCUCGUCCAUGGGGAGGCAAAGAUAAUGAACAGGGUGGAGUAGGAGGAAGUCAAUGGGGAGAUUUUACUGGUCUCGAAAGCAAAGAAAUUCGUCGUAUGUUUAUUCGAAAGGUUUAUUCAAUUCUUAUGGUUCAAUUAGCCAUUACAUUUGGUCUUAUUGCUUUAUUUCACUUUAUACCAUCAGUUCAUAAUUACGUACGAAGUUCAAAUGGUCAAUGGCUUUAUUGGACAUCAUAUGUUGUUUUUUUUGUUGUUUAUAUGGCGUUGAUCUGUUCGCGACGGGCAGCACGAAAUUAUCCACUUAAUCUUAUUUUACUUGGUAUUUUGACAUUAUCAAUGGGCUAUAUGGUACGACUUGAUUUAAAAAUAAUUUAA